GUCUCACAUCAUGACGACGCGCUUCAUCAGUAUCCAUGGCAACGUUCUGUUGGCGUUUUCUGUAAACCUGACUCUCAUCAGCAUCAGUUAAUCGACUGAUCGGCUUUUCCGUUCGCGACUGUGAUCGUUUAGGUCGGUUUUAUUUUGUGUGGUUAACAAGAACCGUGUCGACAUGCCUUGUGUUCAUUAUAAGUUUCGAAGUAAACUCACUCACGACACGGUCGAGUUUGAAGGCCUUCACAUCACUGUGACAGAGUUAAAACGACAAAUCAUGAGCCGCGAGAGACUGAAGCUCUGUGACCUGCAGAUCAGCAGCGCGCAAACCAAUGAAGAAUACACUGAUGAUGAAGCGCUCAUUCCCAACAACACGUCAGUCAUCAUCAGACGAAUCCCUGCUGUUGGGCUGAAAUCCACAAACAGAAGAUUUGUCAAUAAUCGGCCUGAACCAUCAUGCGGAUCUUCACAAACAGUUGGUGAUUCUUCACCAGUUUCACUGGAUCAGCUUCUGAAGACUGAGAAUCUGGCUGAGGCAAAUGCAUCAGAGGAGGACAAAAUCAAAGCUGUGAUGUACCAGUCCAGUCUGUGCUAUUAUUCCAGCAGUGAUGCGAUGAAGCUGGUCGGUCUGCUUCCACCAAACUACAUCUGUUUCCGCUGUGGGAUUCCUGGACAUCACAUUAAAAACUGCCCGAGCGCUUGGGACAAAAGCUUUGCUCCUCGUAAACACAUACGGAAAUGCGCAGGGAUUCCUCGUAGUUUCCUGGUGGAGGUGGAUGAUCCUGACAGAAAGGGAGUCAUGAUGGACAGCAGUGGGAAAUACGUCAUUCCCAUUAUGGAUGCUGAGGCCUAUGCGAUUAGGAAGAAAGAGAAGCCGCCCUUCUCGCCCCAGAAUGAGCCUUCAUCCUCAUCCUCAUCCGAUCCAGUCCCCGCCACACUGCUAUGUCUGAUCUGUAAGGAUCUGCUGACUGAUGCUGUGAUGAUUCCCUGCUGCAGCACCAGCUACUGUGAUGAAUGUAUCAGAACGUGUUUGCUGGAGUCUGACGGACACCUUUGUCCAACCUGCAGACAGUCAGAUGUUUCACCUGACGCUUUGACCGCAAACACUGUUUUGCGUCAAGAGGUGAAUCGUUUUAGGAAUGGAACCAGAUCUUUGUGUCCAAACCACAGCCGUCGAUCCCGGUCACCCAUCCCAGAAUACUCAUCAAAGAGGCGUCGGGAUGUGAGAGAGAAUCGUUCCCACUCAAGAUCUCCUCUAAACAGAUAUACAGAGCAGAAGAGACCUGAGACCUUUCAGUCCUGCAUUGGAGAAACCUUGUGAGGCAUCAGUUACA